AUGUCGCCGGUUGUGCAAAAUUCCAAGCCGAGAGUGAUUCUCGGUUUAAUGACAUUUGGACCAGAUGAAGCGAGCGGUGCCCGCAUUACAUCCCUAGACGAGUUUAAUAAGUGCCUUGACUAUCUGCAGCAGCAAGGAUACAGUGAGGUUGAUACGGCCCGAGUCUACGUUGGCGGUGCACAAGAAGCCUUUACAGCCCAAGCAAAAUGGAAGGACAGGGGUCUUACUCUGGCCACAAAGUGGUUUCCCGAAACUCCUGGUGCUCAUAAACCCAAAGUUCUGCGCGAGAACCUGGAAUUGUCAUUGAGAGAACUGGGAACAAGUCGGGUCGAUAUCUUUUACCUUCAUGCCGCUGAUCGUUCGGUGCCAUUUUCUGAAACCCUCGAGGCUGUAAAUGAGCUUUACAAGGAAGGGAAGUUCUCUAGAUUAGGGUUGAGCAACUACACUGCGUUUGAGGUUGCGGAAAUUGUUAUCAUGUGCAAUGAAAGAGGUUGGGUCCGCCCGGUCAUCUAUCAAGCCAUGUAUAAUGCUAUCACACGUUCAGUCGAAACGGAGCUGUUUCAUGCCUGUCGACGCUACGGUCUCGAAAUUGUUAUCUACAAUCCACUUGCCGGGGGUAUCUUCUCUGGCAAAUAUCAAACCAAGAAUGUCCCCACCGAUGGCAGGUACAGCGAUACGUCCUCAGAUGGAAAUCUAUAUAGGGAUCGUUACUUUAAGGAUGCGACAUUCGACGCUCUUAGAGUCAUCGAACCUGUAGUAGAGAAGUAUGGGCUGACACUGGUUGAAACGGCACUUCGCUGGGUGCACCAUCACUCUGCAUUGAAUAUGAAAGAUGGUGGUCGGGAUGGUAUCAUUCUUGGAGUGAGCUCCUUCGCUCAGCUGGAAAGCAAUUUGCGAGAUAUUGAGAAGGGCCAACUACCUAAAGAAGUAGUUGAUGCUUUGGACCAGGCAUGGUUGAUUACCAAAGCAACUGCUCCAAAUUACUGGCAUCUGGAACUGGAAUAUACUUACAACACCCAAGAGGCACUUUUUAAGCCAAAGGCGAACCUUGGAACUUGA